AUGUUGGGCCAGUAGCCUGCGGUUCCAAGAAACAAUCCUGUAAACCACGUCCCCUUCUCCCUCCAUGUGAAACACCAGACGUGUCACACUGCACUGAUACAGGCCUGGACGGGAGAAGUGGAAGCUGUAAGUUUCCUCAUUUUCAUCAACAGUGAUAUCAGGCAUAAACUCCUCAAAGUUGUCUUUUAACAACAUGUUAGGUAAACUUUCAGCUCUUGUAAAGUUCUUGUUCUUUGCAGAAGGUAUUUGACUAAAUGCAGGCACACUGUGAGAACGAGGCAAGCAGCUGGAGUGUCUUCUCCUCAAACUGGGAUACGAGGAGCAGGUUUGGAGGCUCAAGCAACAGGUGAAUAACACAGGAGCCAAAAAGAAGAUUGUGAAGAAACUAUUUUUAAACAGCUUUUAAGAGGAACACAUUCACAUCAAGAGAAGAUGAAAAGUAGAAAGAGUGAAGAGCAGCAGUCAUGCUCUGCUCAGAACAAAGGAGGAGUUUUCUUUCACCCUGACGUAAAGGCCAAGAAAAGGCGGCUUGAAUACCGAGAAAAAUCAACUAACACAAAUCCAAAAAGUCAAACUCUCUUCACACAAAACAAGACGACUUCAGAGGAGAAAGAAUCAGAUGUUCAUGAAUCAAAUGAGGGUGCUUCGUAUAGCUGUAGCACUUCCAACACUGAAAUUGCAGAUGAAGAAGAGGGAGAGGAGCUACUCGGCAAUGUUGGACAAUUAAGUAUCGAGCACACUUCAUUUGUUGUUCAAGACAUAAAAUCAAGUAUCGAGAGAGUCCCUUCCUCAAAGGACUUAGCUCCAACCCCCAGUAACAGACGCAAAGUUUUAGUUCAAACAGUGCUAGUGCUACCAGACCAGUUACAAGACAACUUGUCCCCCACCUGGAGCAGUGAAUCUAAAGGUGAAGAGGGGGAGGCAUCCAUCCUCUCCGCCCUAAAUUCACGAUCAAGUGGAUAUUCUUCAUGUGGGGAUUCUGAAUAUCUGUCUGGGCUAACUCCCACAACUUACUACACAUCACCACAACUCCCAGUCAGCUUUAGCGGACUAUAUAGACAAUAUUUUUCUAAAGAUCCCCCUGUGCCCUCAGUAACUCACUCAGGACACCCACGGGACCUUAGCGGACACUUUUCAGCUACAAACACCCUGCCAGCCCAUUCACACCUCCAACUCUCCUCCACAGAUUCCUCUUGGACCAGGAAAAUGUCAAACCACUUACCUCACUUUCACAGUAUUCCUUCACUGAGCAAAAUCGACUUUGCAAAGAACAACUGUACUCGAGCAAUAAGUUUACCUAACAUGUUGUUAAAAGACAACUUUGAGGAGUUUACACCUGAUAUCACUGUUGAUGAAAAUGAGGAAACCUACAGCUUCCACUGGUCCCGUCCAGGCCUGUACCAGUGCAGUGUGACACGUCUGGUGUUUCACAUGGAGGGGGAAGGGGACGUGGUUUACAGGAUUGUCUCUUGGAACCGCAGACUACUGGCCCAACAUCACAAGAAGCCUGCGGGACCCCUGUUUGACAUCAAAUGUCUCCAGCAGUCUGUGUGUCAGCUUCAUCUCCCACACUGUGAGAUCCGCUCCACAGGUGGAUGUGAAUUCUUGUCAGUUGCUCAUGUGAUUGAUGAGGGCAUCGAGUUUAUUACUCCUCAUCAGAUAACAGAAACUCAUGUCAUUAUAAACAUCACAGGGUUUUCUGGUUUCGGUAAUGUCAAGGAUGAAGACUCUCCUCCUGACCCGGUCCGAGCGCUGGUGCUGCUGUUCUACAGACCCCCGACUGAUCCUGAUCCAGAAUCUCUCAUCAAUGUGUUGUUGCUACCAAAGAACGUCGUGCUGCGUGAUGUGCUGCGCAUGAGGAAGAAGUUAGUUGGAGAUGAGAGGUACAUCGAGACACCUGCACACUGUAAACUGCUCCCAAAGCAGGAGUACACACUGUCCACUAGUCCUGAAGACGACUCAGUUCUAGUUCAACCAACAGAAGCAGAAUUUGAUGAGGAGUCCUACGACAACUACUUCCCAUCAUUCCAGGUGAAUUUAAAAACAGUCAUGAAAAAUAUUAAGCUGUUUUUGAAAGACACCAAAAGCUCCCACUGUGUCUGGGAAAGACAUGUUUGUCUUUUGUCCACUGGAGUAAGAAGGACCUGUGGGCCGAGUGCUCUGACCCUCCCUUCAAACGAGAGGCUGAUGGACAUACGGACCUGCUUCAUCGAUGGGAUAUCAGGACCUGUUCUCAAAAGUCUGCUGGACAAGAUGUUUGAGAAAAAGGUGAUAACUGACUCUGAGAGGGAGUCAGCGGACGAGAUGCAAAACAAAAGCGACAAGGCUCGUUUUGUCAUCGACACAGUGAGGAAGAAAGGUGAAGCUGCGAGUUCAGAGAUGAUUGAUUUUCUCUGUGAGGUCGACCCCUUCCUCUGUGAACAUCUUGGGUUGAUCUGAAGCACAAUGAAGAGGCGGGAAAUACACUUUAUGUUGACCUGGUGGUUAGAAACUGAUCAUCCAUUGAUCUUGAUCAAUAUAUAACUAUAUACAAAGAAAUCACAUCCAAAACUUUAUUGAUCUGGUCUGAUACAUGCACACUUAUUGAUUCUGAUAUUUAUUUAACAUCGUGUUCACUGUCUGCAUGAGCUCUGUCACUUGAUGUUGACGUGGG